AUAUGUAAAUCAAUUUGUAGCCGACAGAAUCGUACGAAUUAAUUUUACAACUGAUAAAUGAUAACACCGUUCCAAGUGUAAAAAACGCCGGUGGUCUACUUAAACUCGCAGCCCUGAAGCGAACACUGGUUCAGUAAGUUCAGCAGACGACAUCCUGAAACGGUGACAGGGUAGAGCUUCAAUACUGCAGAAGAAUUGGCCGACGCACAUACAUCACGGACUCGGUCACCGGAGUAGAGAUGGUUUAGCAAAACCAACCACUUUGCUCCAACCACGACAAUUGAGACGUCAACGGAAUGAAGGUGCAGGAAGGGUGCAGUGUAGUUCGAGCUUCAGGAUUUAUUUUCUCACCAACGGAGGGCGAAGAUUUCGACUUGUAGGAGAUCCACAAAUACCAAGCAUGAAGAUAUCAUCAUUCACAAGACACACUAAUGCCAUAUCCCUCGUAGUUUUAUCUCUCCUAUUACCCUUAAGCCUAUCCAAGGAGGAGGCGCACUCUAGGCAGAAAAGAAUACUGUGGGUAACAGCCGAUGGUCGGCUGGCUUUACCCCCAGGCACGACUCUAGUCAUCACCCCGUCUCUUUCGUUGCCAUUUGUUCGCUACCCCCCAGAUGGAUUUUUCUCAAACAUGACAGUCAGUCUGCCCUUUACAAUUGAUUUUAACAAACUCGGGUUAACCGAUAAUGAGAACCCCUUUGGCGUUAUCCCCCCUGUUCUGGCCCGUUCCAUGGGCAGAGCAGCCGGUGGAAUUUUAGCAGAUUACGUCGGAAGCUUGCUCGACCACAGACGAAGUAAAAGCAAAAGAUCGAUUGAGGAAACGGCACCACAACCCCCCGAACAAUACAAACAUGCCUUUCACGGAGGCGAGAGAGCACUGUUGUACGUUGUCUUAGAAGAAUUCUUAGAGAAUUUCGGGAUGAACGGAAAAGCCUGUCUUUUGAGGGCUAUUUGUGAAGUGCACGCGCACCCUAUGACAAACUUCGGACUGGUUGGAGAAAUGUUAAAGUUGUUUUUAUCAGCUAGCAAAUCGCCGUAUUCGCAGUUACUUAGCGAAUACGUUGAAGCGGAAAAUGCCGGACGUGGGAAGUCGGGGCCUUCGGAAUGUUGGCCCUACAUGAAAGAUUGUCCCAAGUCUUUAUUCCUUCCCAAGCACAAUCAUUACAGUGAAUCAGAGGACGAAAAUGUGAUCGACGAAGCAAACAAAGUUACCUACAAUCCCACAGUAAAAAAUAUGUAGUGACUCAAAAAUAGUGAUAAAAUUUUAAACGGGUGAGAUUUCAACUAAGUCAAAGACGUGAUGAGCAAUUGAUGUGUACAUAAGCGAAGAAUUGCUCGCAAUAAUUUUAGUGUAUUCGUACGGCAUUAACUUCUAAUGACUGACCAUAAUCAAAUUAUUGUGCUAUAUGAGUGCUCAGUGUAUUAUAGAAACAAUCGCUUGUUGAAGAAUUUUUAUUUAUUUAACUAUUUAUUGUAUCAGAUUAUUUUUAUUUGUACAGUGCAUGAGAACAUGUAAAUACAUUUACCAUAAAA